UUUCUGAGCUGUCAAGUGACGUAUGUGUGCUGUCGUGGCGUUCGCUUCAUAGAGAAAGAAAGUUCCGAGUUGGAUAGCCGCCGAGUUCCGCUGAUUCCGAAGAUUCCUCAAUUAAAACCACCGCGAAACCCCAACAAGAUGUCCCGUCAACUGUUCGCCAUCUGCCUCAUGGCCGCCGUCUGCGCGUCCGGCGUCUACGGCAGCUGCAAGGCCACCGUGAGCUCCUUCAGCACCCAGGAUGCCACGAUUCUCACCCAGCUGGCCCAUGUGGGCGAGUUCACGCUGCAGUGCAGCGGCUCGGCUCCGGCCAGCCUGUUCGCCGAGUUCCCCUGCGGCAAGGUGGUGCCCGUGGCCAAGGUGGGCGACGACAAGUACCAGGUGAGCUGGGUGGAGGACAUCAAGCAGGGCAGCAGCGGCAACGUGCAGGUGCGCCUCUUCGACGAGGACGGCUAUGCCAAUGUGCGCAAGGCCCAGCGUGAUGGCGACAAGGUCUCCUCGGUGAAAUCCCUGCUCGACAUCUCCGUGCCCACCAAGGGCGCCUACAAGGGACCCUGGAUCAAGGCCGAGCUGCUGGCCGCCUUCCUGGUCGGCGGCUUCGCCUACUUCGCCUUCACCACCAAGGGCAAGGUGCAGUCUUAGGAUGCCUUCGUCAUCGAUUCCUUGAAUGAAAUUCAUUCGCACUAAAAACAAAAAUCAUGUAGCUUCAUUUUUGGCGCAGCGAUACCAAGAGAUUUUUCCACAUUUUGUACACCAUAAGCAGAGGAUCAUCAGCCGCCACCCCAACAAAUAAAAAGAUCGACAAAAACUA